AUGGCCGAAGGGAUUUUGCACUUUGCAAUCCCUGUACUCGCGUUCGAAAGCUCAUUUCCGACGGCCUUUCUUCGAACGCAGCGGGUGUGUCUCGUCAUUUUGAUCGACGAGACCCAGAACAUCAACAAUCAGCUGGGCACGAGGCCCCCAGCUGUCCCAGGCAAAUGGAUAGCCACUCCAGCGGAUGCCGUAACCCGUCCGGACGCCACACACGUUGCGGUGGUUCAAGAAACGCUCCGCCAGAAAGCGCUGACCACCGCCAGAAUCCGCCAAAGGAUUUGGUUGUGGCUGGAACACCUUAUCCGGCUCGAGGGUCGGAUCAGCUUGAUGUUCAGGAGCUGA